AUGGUCCAAUUCAAGCAGAUAUUCCUGGGAGAAAAGCCAGAAUACAAGAGAGUUAUCACGGUGCAACACUGUAUUAGAGCAGGUGGAAAGCACAAUGAUCUUGAAGAUGUGGGAAAAGACAACUACCAUCACACAUUCUUUGAGAUGAUGGGAAAUUGGUCAUUUGGAGACUACUUCAAGGAAGAAGCCAUAAAAUAUGCAUUUGAGUUCCUGACUGAGGUCUGUAACCUGAAUACAGAACGACUCUACGUCACAGUCUACGAUGAAAUGGACAAGGAAAGCAGAGCAAUUUGGAAGAAAUAUCUUCCAGAAAGCAGAAUUGUUAGUGCAGGUCAAAAAGACAAUUUUUGGGAAAUGGGGGAAUUUGGACCUUGUGGGCCUUGCACUGAAAUUCAUUACGACCGAAUUGGAGGACGAGAUGCGUCUGCUCUCGUCAACCAGGAUGAUCCAAACGUACUGGAAAUCUGGAACAUCGUCUUUAUGGAAUUCAAUAGAACACCACAUGGAUUGAUUGAUUUGGAUGUGAAGAAGAUCGAUACAGGAAUUGGAUUAGAGAGGCUGCUUAGCAUUUUGAUGGAAGUCAAAAGCAACUACCAAAUUGACACGUUCAUUGAAAUCAUCAAAUCUACUGAAGAAGAAACAUGUGGUGAAAAAUACGAUGAUUUGGGCACAACCAACAAAACAGUUGCAUUCAGAGUCGUGGCAGACCAUGCAAGAACACUUGCAAUCUGCCUGUAUUAUGGUGUUUCAUUUGGAAAUGAGGGAAUUGGAUACGUUCUACGAAGAAUUCUGAGAAGAGCAGUUCGAUUUGCAUCAGAAGUGCUACAAAUCAGAGAGAACAGUCUUUCCAAAAUAGUUCAGAAGGCAGCUGAUUGUCUUGAAUUGGGACAAGUUGACGUAUCGCAAAUUGACGCAGAAGAAAACAUGUUCAAACAGACACUAAAGAAAGGCAUUCUACAAUUUGACAAACUGGUCAAAGAUAACAGGCUGACAAGCGAGAGCGUAUUCAAAUUGUACGACACGUAUGGAUUUCCAAGGGAUCUCACUGAACUAAUGGCACAGGAAAAAGGCGUAAUAUGCGAAACAAAGGAUUUUGAAAAGCAUUUGCAAGAGCAGAAGGAGAGAAGCAAAACCAAGAAGGAGACUCCAAUUACGAUUGAAUUACAAUUUGAUGGAACUGAUGACUCAUUCAAGUACGAUGAAAAGCAGGUUGAAUUGGAUGCCAAAUUGUUAGUAUGCAUAAAAGAAAAUGAAUUGGUUGAAUUCGACAAGGCAGAAUCAGGUGAAACGUAUCAACUCAUUUUCAAUAGGACAAACAUGUAUGGAGAAUGUGGUGGACAAGUUGGAGACACUGGGACUAUUGAGUUUAUUAAGGAGAACAAGAAGGUUGGAGAAUUCACAGUUGUAGACACGAAGAUUCUAAGGAACUACAUCGUUCAUUAUGGUAAGUUGGAAGGUGUCGUGACAGAAAAAGUAGUUAUAAGACGUGAUCAGGAGAGAAGAAUGAAGAUCAGAAACAAUCACAGCACAUGCCACAUUUUGGGUGAUCUGGUUACAGUCUACAUUGAUGAGGAUGCUGAACAGCAAGGAAGCUACGUUGAUGAAUUCAAAUGCACCUAUGACUUCAAUUAUAGUGGAAAAAUAACAGAUGAAAAGCUAAAGGUCCUUGAGGAUGCUGUUAAUGAGUUCAUAAAGAGCAACUCACCAGUUGAAGUCCUUUCAAUGAGCAAGAAGGAAGUGGCUGAGAAUAAUGUCCAUUUGAUGCCGAAUGUGAAGUAUCCUGAUCCAUUGCGUAUUAUUAAGAUGACUCAUGUGAAUGGAAUGGUAUUUAUGGAACCAUGUGGUGGAACACACAUUAGUAAGUCAUCUAUGAUUCGCAAGGUGCGUAUUGUUUCAGAAGCAGCUGUAAGUGGUGGAAGACGUAGAAUCAUCUGCGUAUCAGGCGAAUUGGCUGAUGAGUGCGAUUUAAAUGCAGAUGAAGCUAAAAAGUCAAUUGAAAAUGGCACAUUGGCCAGGUUGGAAGAUAAGCAGAUGUCUGUUUACAUGAAACGUAGGUUAACUGUGUUGAACAGGGAUCUGAUUAGAAAAAAGAACAAGGCAAUCACAGAGAGAAUCUCUACCUUGGUGGAAGAAACACAAAAUGAGAUUUUGUUGAAUAAGCUUAAUAGCAUAAACACAAAAACAAACAAAGUGAUUCUGAAGGAAAUUGACGAGUUGAAAACGGACAAGAAGACGCAGGUGAAAGCGAUGGCAUUGGUUUGCGAGUGUUUUGCAAAGAAAGAGAUGGAUGCGUUUGUUACGAUGAAAGUCGGCGAGGAAGUGCUUGUGGCUGCAUUUAGGAAAAACGGUAAAGAAAUUUACAAGAAAAUUGCAGAGAAGUACGAGAAGAUGCGAGUCAGCAGAGAUAUGUUACAAGGUACGCUUCUUCAGAACAAACUCAGCAAUUUCAAGAGCGAGGUUUUUGAAUAA